CUUAUCCCCUCGUGGUCUCCCGGGAAGGAACGGCAAGCUUCCGAGCUGCCACCACCCAUCGCCAAUGGCUUCCGCCAGUCUCGCCUCCUCCUCCUUCCUCCCGUCUCUCCCCGCCACCAACCCUAAUAAGCCUGUAUCCCUCCGCUUCCGCGCCCGCCGUCUCCCGGUGGCCGCAUCCGCGGCCCCGUCGGGCGGCGCGGCGGCCGCGAGGGAGCGCCGGCGCUUCCUGGAGCGGUACGGGCUCAACCCCGACGACUUCGAGGACGAAGUGGAGGAGGAUUCCAGGGAAGAGAGGAGGGACAGGCGGAGGCGGCGGUCGGGGAGAGGGGAGGAUGCGGCAGAGGUAUCCGUUGCUCCGAAGAAGGCGGCAGAGCGCCGGGAGACGCAUAAGAUGCUUCAGGUACUAAGUGGAAAAGUUCGCAGAAGAAAAUUACUUUCACCAAAAGGGAGGGAUGUUCGUCCAAUGAUGGAAGUUGUUCGAGGAGCAGCCUUUGAUAUUUUACAAUCAGCUGGUGGUUCUCCUGCUUCACUCAGACCAGGUCGGUGGUUAGAUCUGUAUAGUGGUACUGGAUCAGUUGGAAUUGAAGCUAUGAGCCGAGGAUGUUCAGAGGUGCACUUUGUUGAGAUGGAUCCGUGGGUUAUUUCUGAGGUCCUUAAACCAAAUCUGGAGUGUACUGGAUUUCUUGAUGUUUCACACAUACAUAUGCUCCGUGUCGAAAACUUCUUGUCCAAUGCUGAAAAAUCUAAAGGUAAAUAUCCUUCUUUUGAUUAUAUUAGUGUAACACCGCCGUAUCUUGAGGUCAACUAUAGUACACUAAUCGACCAACUCGCAAGGUCACCAUUGGUUGGAAAAGACUGCUUCAUUCUAGUUGAGUACCCACUGAAAACAGAUAUGGCUGAAUCCUGUGGAAGCCUUAUAAAGAUAGCCGACAGGAGGUUUGGUAGGACCAAUUUGCUAAUAUAUGGGCCAACAUGGUCAGAGAAAAAGCGAAGGUCAUGAGAUGAUUGGUGAAACAUUGAGGCAAGGAUUGCACACAAGAUCUUUACUUGGUGAAAAGGCGUGUCCAUAUCAUGUCCCCAGUUGUCAUGACGUGAAAUCGCUGUUGGGUGAGGUGAAGUUUUACAGGAACUUUGGUACCGGAGAUAACUGACCAAAGCUAGCGCAUAAGACGAUGGCCAUCCUGUUGCAUCGAGAGAUUGCAUUUCUCUUUCAUUCUGGUUCACAGAUGCACAUCUCUGAAGAAAAAUUCGCCUCUGUGUUCCAAGCAUCAGCGUCAAGUCACACUUCAUCAUCACCAUAAGACAGGGACCUCACUACAUUGUUACGCCAAUUGAUGUCCUGUGCACACCAUAAGAAGGCUUGUAUCACUUCUCUCAACCCCGUGUUUCCUUCGCGGUAUGAUUUGAACCGUACAAAAAUGUAUUCAUUAUGCUGGUUCUUGUUGCAACUUUCA